AUGGCGAGCUUUCAUGACAAUGAUUUUUCGGAUAUAGACGACACAGAAAUGGAAUAUAUGAUGGGAUUUAAUGAAACCGUGAAUGAUUCAGAUAUUUCUAUGUCUAGUGACGAUGAUUCUGACGACGAUGUGCCUUUAGUUGACUUAAUUCAGCGACAGAAUGUGAACCGACGUGACGAGGAAAAUAUUCAACAAAUCGUGGAUGAGACCAACAAAUAUGCAACAAAAAAGCAGCUGGAGAAACCUGAUGAUAAAUGGAGGAACGUUACAUUUAGUGAAAUAAGAGCCUAUCUUGGAUUUCAGAUUGUGAUGGGGAUUAUUGCAGCACCAAAUUUGGAUAUGUACUGGAGUAGUGAUCCUAUGUUUAGUCCAUGUGGAAUAAAAGAGAGAAUGACACGCGAUCGGUAUGAUAAAAUCAGUAAGUACUUCCACGUAGCUGACACAUCAUACAAUGCGGCACGCGGACAACCAGGCCAUGACAAACUUUCACAUGUUCGACCGAUUCUUGAAGCCGUGCGUGUAAAUUUGAUGGCCAAUUAUAAACCGCACCGUGAAACGACAGUUGAUGAGGCUAUGAUUGAAUAA